CCGUGUCCGAAAUAACACGGCUUCCUCUCACUCACGGGCCUCUUCUGUUGCUAGCUCCUGUUUUCAUUUCUUUUUAUCUUCUCUACAUCUCUUUAUUAGGAAAUUCCGAUUGCAAUAGUGAACUGAAACCAACAAAUUAUCCUUGUUGAUGAGAUUUUGAAGACUACCCUAGCCAUGGAGAGCAGCAAUGCUGGAACAGAAGUUGCAAACGUUGGUACUGACAAACCAACCCAACCAGUAGUUUCACCAGUGCCAGACUUAGUCACCAAUGUACCUGCUUCCACUGCCAGUACAGCUACACCAACGAACGUUCCCCCAGCCACUGCAGCCAACACGACCCCAUCUGGUUCCGCCAGCGCUGAAGCGACCUCGGCUCCACUGAAACCCCAACCUCCCACGACCAAACCCACUCCUGCGGUCGCUGUCAAGGCUCAGUCGGGAGCGACACCGACGACUAAUAGAGCCACAUCACUGCCCUCUGCCGCCAGCGAGGCCUCUGUCAAGAACCGGACGUCUCGUGAGGACAAGAUACGCAAGAAGGAUGACAAAAGUGUUGAUCACGUACUGAGAGCCCUCAACAGCCUCAAUACCUCUGAGGAGAAACUUGCGGCAAUGUGCAAGAAGUAUGCGGAUAUCUUUGAUGAACACCGGAAGCUACAAUUACUGCAGAAGCAGUCGGAGAAGCGCUGUAGCAUGCUGCAACGUGAGAAAGAACAACUACAGGCGGAGCAGAGCAAAGCUAUCCUGACCCGCAGUCGUCUAGAAAAUCUGUGUCGCGAGCUGCAACGCCAGAACAAGGCCAUCAAGGAUGAGAGUUUGCUGAAGAUACGAGAGGAAGAAGAAAAGCGCAAAGAGGUGUCGGCCAAGUUCCAGACAACAAUGAAUGAGAUAACAACAUUGAUGCAGCAGAACAACGACAAGAACAUGAAACUCCGAGAUGAUAACAUUGACAUGACCACCAAACUGAAAAAUAUCUGUGAACAGUACGAAAUAAGGCAGCAGCAAGUGGAGCGGAUCAGCAAGCAGAUGCAGCUGGAGCAGCAACUGGCCGAUGCCAAACUGUCCAAACUCAAGAUGGAGAUGGCAGCGGAACGAGAAGUGUUGUUGCGAGAGAAACAGCAGCUCUUGUUGGAGUUGCAGCAGUACCAACAGCGAUGUACGGAGUUCCAGGCCACGGAGGUGAACCUGCGCAACCAGAUCUCAAUGUACAACGACAAGUACGACGAGUUCCAGAAGGCGUUGGCCAGGAGCAACGAUGUCUUUGGAGGCUUCAAGGGCGAGAUGGAGAAGAUGUCCAAGAAGAUCUGCAAGCUCGAGAAGGAGACGUCGUCGUGGAAGCAGCGAUGGGAGAGGAGUCACAACGCUCUACUGGAGAUGGCAGCCGACAAGCAGAAAUCCGAGCAGGAGUUGGCAGUCGUGUCGCGACAGUUGGCCACCCUGCAGGGUCUCUGUCGUACCUUGCAGACCGAGCGGUCCAACCUGCUGGCCAAGCUCAAGAUCUUCCAAGCCGGAGGCCAUGUUCCUUCAGAGAAGUCUCCAGCCACUCCAGUUGAAAAGUGUACAAAGCAAUGUGACCAAGUGUUAAACCACUUGGAUCAGUCCUUAAACCACAUCAGCGAGAACAAUCCGGUCUUGGACAGCUACACCAAGGACAUCUUGGCUUCCUUUAAGGAGAGUGUGGCUGCAGAAGACACCUCAGCCACCCCGACCACCGACGGUGCUGUUCCCUCCGAGACUGUACCGGUACCGGUACCUGCCAGUCCUCUGCCGGACCUGGUCGGCACCACCUCGCCCUGUGUGUUGAACCAGAUACCGGAUGUGAACAGUGCUCUGUGUGAACGGCUGGAAGACAUUUCCUUGCAUCCCAGUGCUUCAGUGUUGCUCGAGAAUACCGUCAAUAAAAACCCUCAAGAAACUCAGUUAGGUGCGGUUGAAAAUGAAAAUCCGAGUGUGGAUAAAAGUCCCGAGGACCCGACCAAAACAGAGUGUACCUUGCCGGUAGUUGUCGAGGGUAACACGACAGGUGACAGUAAUAUCGAGUCCACCGUGCCAGUGAUACAAGAGAUUUCGAGUUCCAAGGUAAAUGAAGCUGAAACACUCCCGCAAGUGAUUCCUGUGACGAACGGCGAAGCUCUCACAAACGGUUCAAUGCCAACAGAGCCAAACUCUCAACAGCAAACUGUCCAGGAUAAACCUUCAACAAAUCUCCCAAAAUCUCCAACUGCCAAGGGUAGUCCAGCAAAGUCCACUGACAGUGGGAAGAAAAAGGAAUCAGCCAAGAAGAAGAAGAAGUAAACGUGUGUGUGGUCAGAAGAUUGUUGGUAGUGUUGGAACAGUCGGCAGCGGCAGCACACACACACACACCGUAGAGUCCCUCUAGGUCGGCCCACCGCAGAGUUUUGUGAACCAUGUUUCGCUGACCUAACUUAUACAGAACACACUAUAGGAUUUCCAGCUUUAAAUUGAAACCAGUUUAACUGUCACUCGAUUUUUGUAUAACUUAGUUGUUUAUUGUAUCCACCCAGUUGUGAAACUUAACUCAAUAAAUAAUUGUUCAAGUUUUAGAAUUCUGAGAUCUGAUUGUUGAAGAAGACAAAAACAAUAUAGUAUGAAAUGAUUUCAUGAAUAUUCAGGGAAUAAAAAAUGGCUCAAGUAUUAUAAAUUCUUAACUAGAUAGCCUUUUCAGGGUUUGUGAAUAAUUUAGAGAAUAUCCGUAGAGUUCUAGCUUACAAGUGAUUUUAUAUUUAUAAGAUUAUAUUCUGUACUGUAUUGUUGACUUCUUUAGAAUCAGAAAUUAAGGUAUUAUAUUGACUGAUUUAAUAAAUAAUAUUACAAUGA